AUGUGCGAUGUGUACAAUGAUACGGACUUGUUCAGCUCAAUAUACAAGAUUUGUCAAGAUGUUAUCGCUGGCACUCAAACGGCUGUUUUAGCCUUCAAUCAGCUCUCAAUAUUUAUUGUUAGUUAAUGAAAAAAUAAGGUUUAUCAUCGAAAUUUAAGGACGAGAGGAAAGAUACGAGUUCGGUAUUGUUAGACGUGCUAGUGACGGUAGAAGGUGAAGUUCACUUGGCAGAAUCCAGAGAGAACGCAGAAAAAAAAUUCCGAGAGUUUGUUGCUCUGCUAUUUGAUACGGUACUGUUUUUUUUUCUAAUAAGUGAGGAGCAUGAGCUCAAUGCCUUUGUUCAGAAUAUUUUCGACAAUAAGGUGUUGCUAAAAUUUGCCUUUUUUGUAUUAGGUCAUCCCGGAAGAAGUUCUUCGCGCUGAACUUGACUGUUUGGACGCCUUGAAACAAGAAUUCAAGCAACAACUAAUUCGAACGAAAACUCGUCUAUAGUGAGUUCUCGUUCUGAUUUUUUGCUCAAUCCAUUUUCAGUUUCAAACAAGCCAAGUUCAACCUACUACGAGAAGAAAGCGAAGGUUAUUCAAAACUUAUAACGGAAUUGAUGGAGGUUAGUUUCCGUUUUUCAAAAAUUUGUUCAUUUCAGUACACAAGUAAAAAAAAGGUUGAAUUUUUAUUAAAAAAUUUUCUGUAAUUUUAGUUUUUCGAAGAAUGUAAAAAUUUUAUUCACCAAUGUAUAAGUCUUUUUCUUUUUAGGUAAAUGGAAAUGAUCCUCUUCAAAUGAGCGGCAUCAUAAAAACGAGAGUUCUGUGUUUAAUAGGUAAGCUUCUCAAUAAAGUUUUGAAACUUGAAAAUCGACUCGUUUAGGGCAAUUCAAUCUGGAUCCGAGUCGGGUUAUCGAUAUCAUUCUCGAGUGCUUCGAAAGCAGACCUUCGGAAAAGGUUUUUUUUUUUUGCGAAAAAUAUUUUCACAGCUUCUUUUCAGGCUUUUUUUAUAACUCUCCUCAAGGAAAUAAACGUUGUGAGAGAAUAUCUGUGCGCGUUACUCGGUUUCAAAUAUACUUUCUAUCAGGUUAAUCUGUUUUUUUUAGAAUUAACUUUUUCUUUUUUUUUUUCGUUGUGGUAGUUCAUUUCAUUCAUUUCAAGUGUUUAUUCGCCAUUCCGCAAUCAGCACGACAAAUACAAAACAAAUAAAACAUCAAAAACAAUCAAAUAAAUCUAACAGCUGAUCUGUGGAAACGGCUGGAGGAAAAGAUUGUCUGAAUAGACGGUGCUAACCCCCAUUUGGUAUUUAAGUUUGUUCUUUGUUUUUUUUAAUAAGUUAGAAUUUUUCUAGAUUUUAGUAGGAUCUAAUGAUUUUAAAAACGAUGUGUUUGAUUCGAACCAUGAGGUGAGCAUAAUCUGAAACUUGCCGAUUUCGUUCAAUGAUAGUUUCUCUCUCCAGUUGGUUCCAAAUGGGUAUGACUCUAUGAUUUAGGAAGCGUUGUUUGAUCAAUUCAUUCAUUGGUUGAACAAGUCUCAUUCCAUUUCCUCUGAGUUGAUUAUUUCUACUCGAGUUCAUCAUUAAUUUAACAGGCGACUCACUCCAAAAAUAUCCAUGAAUGUAUUUGUGAACGCAACAAACGUCUUUAAAAAGUCUUCUAGUCCAUAACGUCGAUAGUUUCAGUUUGGCUAAUCUACUGCGAUAAUCCAAUUUCGGAUAUAAUCUUUUGGUAAAUUUUCUCUGGACUGAUACUAGUUGAUUUAUAUCAUUCAAAUUUAGCGGGCACAUUAGUUCGGAUCCGUACUCAAUGAUAGAUAAGAUUUUUGGCUUUAUAGCAUUUUUAGAAAGUUAUUUUGAGAGAAAUGAAAAACAACGAAAUAAAUUAUUUAUUAUUUUCAUACAUUUUUGUACUACUAUACUCACAUGGUGCCCCAUUUUCAGAUUACUCGUGAAGAAGAAUCCCAGGUCUCUGACAUUUUUGUUUUAGUGCUAAAGAGUUUGAUCGUUAAUUUUGUAUGUACUGGGUUCUGUCUUUUUUUCCAAACUGAACUAACAUGCACUUCUCAGGAGAUAUUGAUAGUUGACGGCCCUCUAACCAUUGGUAUACAUUUUUUUAAGUCUUCUUGAAGUUUGGCUUUUAUGGUUUGUUAUAUUACUAGAUGAAUACAGUUUACAAUCAUCUGCGAACAUGCUCAAGUUACAGUAUUUAAUAACUUCUGACAAGUCAUUGAUAUAUACUAAAAACAUAAGAGGUCCCAAUGAGCUACCUUGCGGUACACCUGACGAUAUUUUUAUCUCAUUCGAAAUAUUGUUAUUGACAUUAACUUUUUGUGAUCUAUCUUUCAAAAAUUCUUCGAACCAGUUGAGUAUUACUCCCGUACAUCCGUAGGAUUUCAAUACUUCAAUCAAUCUUCUAUGACAAACCGUGUCAAAAGCUUUUUUUAUAUCUAAAUAUAUGACUUCAACGUAAUGAUUUCGAGUUUCCUCAAACAGAUAUUUUUGAAGUGGCAACAAUUGGGAGAUAGUACUGCGAUGAUUUAAAAAUCCAUGCUGGCUAUCAGAGAUGAGCGAAGAUUGCCACAUGUGGUUUCUCAAAGCUCUCACCAUCAAAGAUUCUAAAACUCUACACGGGACUGAUGUCAAACUAACUGGUCUAUAAUUACCUACGUCGUUUGGAUCUCCUUUUUUGUAUAUAGGAACUACGAUUGACUUUUUCCAAAAACUAGGCAACUUGCCCGAAUCUAAACCUUUCCUGUAUAUCAGUGAUAAAGGGAGAGCUAUCGAUAUAGCUAGACCUCUGCAAAUUGAACUAGGUAAACCAUCAGGACCUGCUGAAUUUACGUUUUUAAUUCUUCUAAGGCACUUGUACACCACAUGAGGUGCAACAUCAGCGUCCAUUAGAUUCCUGCUUGUUUUAGUAGCUAUGUUGAAAGGCAAAUUAUUAUCAUCUGUGAAUACCGUCGAAAAGAAUUUAUUGAAAUGAUUGGAUUUCUCCAUGCUAUAUUUAAUAACUUCAUUUUCUACAAUUCAAUCUUUUUUUUCAAUCCGACAAAUGACCUGAUUUCAAAGACAGCUCGUCAUAAUAAAAAAAAAAUUGGAAAAAGUUGUUUUCCUCAUUUUUCAUUUCUUUUCAUUUCUUCGUCUUAAUUUCAAAUCGCCUCAUAAACAGGUGAUUGAUUAUUGAAAUAUUUCAAUGGAAAUAUAAGAAAAAUGGGUUAAUUUUUGAACUCAAAAAUCGAAUUUUCGCUGAAAAAAUAGAUUAUUUUUUUAAAUCAAGACCAGUUCAAACUAGUUUUUCUUUGCAACUGUUAGAAAAAUUCUCAUAAAAUAGAUACAUAAUUGCGAAUUCAGAGGGUUUGAACUUACAGGCGAAUUCUCGGAAUCUUUUUUCUUACCAUCAAUGUUUCAGAAGUCGUCGAAAUCAACGCCGUACUCUCUUUAUGUUGUCACUGCAGAGCUAAUCAGAAAUGAUUUGCUCGACAUUCUCAAAGUUUUAGCAUAUGUGAGCGUUUUGAUAAAUUAUUUUCGAAAACGUCUUUUAUUUGCAGAUGGUCCCAAAAACAGAAGCCAUAAAAGAAGGACACAGGGCAAGGGCUUCAAACGGGCAAGCCAGGGCAUCCAAGGUAUCAUUUGUCUUUAUCAGGGCUCUGCAAAAAAGAAUCUUCGAAAACGGGGUAAAAAGCGAAAGGAGUUGUGUUUUUUCGGGGUUUUUCAAAUACUUUUUAUGGCGCGAAGCUGUGAAUAGUAGGAACGCACAAUUGAAAUCAGAAAAUACCUAGAAGACGCACGAAUUUGAAGAUGGAAAAUUUUGAUGCGAAAUCCUUAAUAUCAGGCAGUUCAUUUGUUGUUUCAGGCGGAGACCAUAUCAACUGCAUCCAUUCCCGUUGAAUCGAGUUCUGUUCGCAAUUUAGAGGACGCCGGCAGUCUUGGCCCUUCUACAAUGGUUUGAACCCUGAGUUUUUUCACUUUUCCAAAUCGAGCUAAUAUUUAAUUAUUCUAUAGAUAAUUCGUAUUCUUGUUUAAAAAAAGGCUGUUUUUGUCGUCUUUUUUUAAGGGGAGAUUAAAAUUAAUGAAUUUUUUUCUUCAGGUCUUUUUCUAAACAAUUUUACGUUUCAAAUACUUUUUAAGUAAAAAAAUUUUUUUUAGAUUCAUUUUUUUAACACUCUUACACAGCAGUGAAAAGUCUCUCAGUUAAAGACAGAAGGAAUCACGAAAAAAGUGAAUCUCGCGUUUUUGAGGAAAUUCUCAUGUCUUAGUUUUCCGAAUUUUCUUUUGUUACAGAUACAAAGUGUUUCAUUCGCAACUGUAACAGCCCAGCAGGAAGCGGACGACCUCAAGCUGGCCGAAAACUUCACAGAGGUUUCUUUUUCUUUUUUUUUAGGGUGAUAACCAAAAGGAAUCGAAACCCUAUUUUCUCAGAUAAAAAUCAGGGAGCGCUUGCAGUGCACGAAAUUGUAACUAAACGAGAAAACUCCUGACUCAUAAUGAAAUGAUUUUACUUGUCAGAACGUAUCUCUGGCGACCAACCAGAAGUUAGGCGUCGCCUGUGCUCUUCUGGAGGCCGGAAGUUGGCUCCACGCGCAGCCUCUGCUCGACCGGCUUCCUGAGUACUACGCUGUCCAGUCCAGGUUCCUCCAGAUCCGUUCUCCUUGUCUGCAAAAUCUGCAGUUUCCAGUCCUCGGUUGUGUCGCGCUUUGUGCGAAUUGAUCGAGAAAGCCAUCGACGAUUUCUAUCUCAAACGGUGCUCUCGCAGGUUCCACCAAUCGAAGAAAGACCUCUGCGCUGGCUUCGAUGGCGAUGUCGCGGCCCAGCAAGGCCUGAGCAAGGUGAAAUGAAUGACCACAUGGUUCUUAGUUUCACAGUAGGUGCUGCACAAGUCUGUGGCAUUGCUUCAAAUUUCGAUUUAUGAGAAACUCAUGUUUCCCGAAAUCCAACUAUGAAUUAUGCUCGAAGUCCCCGCGGCCUUGACUUUCUCCAACAGUUUUUUUUUCAAUGUUUUCCUCCUAGUUAAAGAAAAAUUUUUGUUCAAAUCACAAAAAAAAAGCUUUUAAAGGAGUGAAAUAAGAUUUUCAAUUAAUCUGGCACGUGUGUCUCGACAUUUUCACUAGGUCUAUAUCCAAUUUUAGGUCACGAGUUGGAAGGAACUGGCCGACUUGAGCUCAGUACUGUGGUACUUGGGUCCUCGGAUAGCCUAUUCGCCUAAAAUGACAGUGAAACUGCUCCGACUAAUCACUGACUUCUACAAAAAAGGCGAAGAGGACGAAGACGUUCUGAGUAACAGUUAACGAGUUUCUUUCGCGCUGAAUUGGUGCUUAAGUUUCACGGACGUUCAUGGACAUCAUCGAGGAAUGUCUCCUACCUUCUCUCACCCUCUCCGAAACCAACGCCGCUCUCUCCGAAGAACUUUGGCUCCUGCUUCAGAUCUUCCCAUAUUCUUGGCGUUAUCGUCUCUAUGGAAGGUGAUUUCUUCACUUUUCAACCCCCGUCCAGUUUUUUUUUCUGAUCUUUUUUGGAAGUUGUUGAUGUGCGGAUAAUCAAAGAGUGUUUCUAGAUGGUCUCAACAGUCUGUCCGCCAUCCCGAAAUCAACAUUGCUCGAGGAAAAGUACUGGGAAAAACCCGAUACGUUCUCAAGUUUCAUUUGGUUUCGACUCGGAGAAGGAAAGAAUAAUUUGAGGCGAUUGUCGAAGGAAACAGUGAAGGUGAUCGGACGACAGCUCGGCAAGCAGUGUCACAUCCACCCGAUGACUGUUCUCGACUAUCUCCUUAGUCAGGUUGGCAAAUUCAGAGAGAAGAACCCGCGCGGACUAAACAGUUUCCGAAAAAGAGCUAUGAAAACACGGAUAAUAAUUGCCGAGAUAAGGACCAAGGUUGCUGGCGAUACAUGAGCGAACUCGCAAAAAUGAUGCUCAAUUCUCGUGCGGAUCUUGUUUUUUUUCUAAGCGCGACCUCGCAUUUUGGAAAUUUCCCAACUUAUUUGAGUGCGUGAAAAUUGCGAGAACAGCGCGAGGGAAAAGCGAGAUUUUGUCCAUGUACGGCCGGCCAGCGACUUCGCAUUUCUCUCGCGACAGACUCGGCAGUUAUCUUUUGUGAAAAAUGCAUCUCUUUUUCCUUCCAUGUGAGAUUCUUGGAUGUUCUCAAUCGCAACAAUAUAACAAAGCGAUUCUUUAAAUUUUUCUCUUCUGGAUGUUAGUUUUUGUUUCGUAAUCGUUAUAAUUAGGAAAUCUUAUUCGGUAAAAAAAUUAGUUUCGUUGAAAUUUUCUGUAGUUCAUUUUUCUAUUUUCUGAGAGUAAAAAUAAUUUUUCACGUCUUUUUGAAAUAAACUCAUUUUUUUCAAUGAAAAAAAGAAAAAGAAUAAAAAAAUCUUCAUAGUUUCCACCUGAAAUCUCUGUUUUUAUAUAUAAAUAUAUCCCGGUUCCUUAAUUUCUGGACGAUGAAAUUUAAGGUUCAAACUUUCGACAACUUCAUUGGUCCAAUAGUCGAUGGCUUGAAGUUCUUGACCAAUCUCGAAUUGGAUGUUCUCACCUGUAAUUUUUUUGUUUUUUUUUUCUUCGGUAAUUUUAUUUUCUCAUAGACUGCAUCGUUACACAACUUGCCGACCCGGCGAAAAACCAGCUGAAAGCAUCGGAUGCGACUCUUUCGCCUUGGUUGCAGGCACUCGGAACAUUUGUAGGGCAAUGAACAAGAUAUCGGGAUCUCGAAGAGUUCAGGUUGGCUCUGUCUACAAACGCUACACGUUGGAACUGAAUGGGAUUCUGGAUCUGGUGGCCAACCAACUGAAAUGUUGCAAAAGGUGGGAACGGCAUAGGAGAUGCGGAUGGGCUUUUUCGAGUUCAGCGUCGAUUUGCUCCUGCUCCGAGAAGUCAUCCAGAGCAUGUCUUGGGUGGAAAGCAGCACGGCGGCCACACAAGAACACGUCGAGGCGCUCAGUGGAGGCGAAGUGCUCCGACAAGAGGUCAGCUCAUUCGAAACUAUUUUCUGCCUUGCAAUGCGAAACUAUUAUGUCCCGAAUCCUUCGCUUUGAACUUAUUUAUGUGUGUUGAUCUUCUCACAGGCUUCAUUCUUCAGGCCGGCGGCUACAGUAACGCAAAAAACAAACGAGCAUCACAAAGGCUUCGCGAUUCCUUACUCACCGGAGAUCUGGCUGUUGGUCAACUCGACUUUCGACAUAAGUUUUCUUUUUUAGACAGGAAUGUGCAUUCUGGUGGCUCAACAGAGGGACCACGUGAUAUUUGAAGACAGUAAGACUCUGCCGCUGAAGCUGGUGGGCGAACUCGUCGACCAGGUCUCGUUUCACCUUCCUCCUCCUGGAGAAGAGGUCUAUUUCAGUGCAGCGACACACUCCAACAGCUGGGAACAUUUCUGUUAUCCUACAUCAAGGCCGACGAGUACACAAGGCGAAUUCCGCCUCUCCAUCGACUACUCUCCGAAUACUUCUUGCGUCUUGACGCCGCCAUGUAUCUUUCGAGGCCGACUUUCAUACCCAAGGUUUUUUUUUUAGAAAAUUGAGAAUGAAUUGAAUUUUUAUUCAUUUUUCAGUAAACGAAUCUUUUUUACGAGUGAUAUAUGUACCAUGGAAAUAUUUCCAGAUGAAAAAAAAAUUCAGUUUAGCUACAAAGUUUUGAUCUUGAGGUCAUCGAGGCGUACGACGAAGAAAAGAAAAAAGUUCGAGCAAACGACAUCGAAGGACAAAAAACCAAAAUCGACAAUGCCCAGAAGGUAUCCCGUGCUUGUUCUCUUAUCGAAAUCGUCCCCUCAGCACGUUCUCUUCAAAACGGCUCUGGACAAGACGAUCGACGACGUGGUCGCCGAGAUUCAAAAUCACAUUUCUUUCCCUGUCGACUGCAAGUUGCCGCCAAGGUUCGAGGGUUUCACGAAGAUAUUUCUCUGUUUUCAAGACUUAUUGCCGUUUUCUGGAUGAUGUCGCUCUACGACAUUGAAGUUCCAAACGCUGCUUACGAGAAAACAAUUGAAAAUGUUCGGCGACAAGCGCGAGAGGUGAUGGAUAGCUUCGAACUGGUGAUUGUGCUUUGUACAGAAAAGAAGAAAAUAUCAAAGUUUAGAGCAAAGCGAAACGGACAAAGGAGGAAGAACGGCUCCGUGGACUGGAAUCGAAGCUGCGCGAGGAGCAAAAAAGGCAGACUGACCACGUCGAACGGAUGCGCACGUGGCUCGACGCCUCCAAGAACUCCAUUUUUCGAGGAGAAUCCAAGUGAGCUCAGAAGCGCGAAAAUGAUAGUUGCCCUUUUCAGAUGGCCAGGCGGACGGCUUUCUCCAAGUUUGCGUCCUGCCGCGAGCUCUUUUCUCUGA